CCCGCACCCCUCCUCCCGGGGCGUUCCCGACCCAUCCCAGUCCCGUUCAACCAACCUUCCGCUUAUAAAGCCGUAGGCUUCUCCUCUGUUAUUAACGUUACAGAACAAAUUGUCGCAAAGAGAGAAAGAGAGCGAGUAGAGAGAGUAGUGAGAGAAAUGGAAGAUCCUCUCGAUGCCUUGAGGUCUCUAAUGGCUUCCCACUCCCCUCCUCUGGAUGCGUUGGUCGUUCCUUCGGAAGAUAAUCAUCAGAGCGAAUAUGUAUCUGCAAGGGACAAGAGGCGCCAAUUUGUUUCUGGAUUCACCGGAAGUGCUGGCUUGGCACUUAUAACAAUGAAUGAGGCACGACUAUGGACGGAUGGGAGGUACUUCUUGCAAGCUACACAGCAACUAAGUGACAGGUGGAGACUUAUGCGCAUAGGGGAAGAUCCAGCUGUGGAGGCUUGGAUAUCUGAGAAUCUGCCAAAUGAUGCUUCUAUUGGGGUCGAUCCUUGGUGCAUCUCCAUAGAUACUGCACGAAGAUGGGAGCAUGCUUUCACAAAAAAACAACAAAGGCUAGUUCAAACAUGCACAAACUUAGUAGAUGAAGUUUGGAAGAGCAGACCUCCACCAGAAAUUAAACCUGUUAUUAUACAUCCGCUGGAAUAUGCUGGGUGGGCAGUAGCUGAGAAGUUAAAGGAUCUGAGAGAAAAGCUUGCAAAGGAGAAAGCUCGUGGUAUCAUAAUUGCAGCUCUUGAUGAAGUAGCUUGGUUGUAUAAUGUUCGUGGGAGUGAUGUGUCUUACAAUCCUGUUGUUCAUGCAUAUGCUAUUGUAAUAUCGAGCUCAGCCUUCUUUUAUGUGGACAAGAAGAAGGUUUCUGCUGAGGUAUACUCAUAUAUGGAGGAGAAUGGAAUUGAAGUCAGAGAUUAUGAUGAAGUGAGCUCAGAUGUUGCGUUGCUUGCAUCUGGUCAGCUCAACUCCUUAGCAACCAAGGGAACUCAAACUGAAGUUCUAAAUGGUGCUGGACUCAGUUCCACUGAGACUUUAAAUGCUGAAAGUGAAGCAGAGGAAGUCAACCAUAACAUCAUAUGGGCUGACCCUGGUUCAUGUUGCUAUGCGCUGUACUCUAAACUGAAUUCUGAUGAGGUUCUACUGCAGCAGUCACCAUUAGCACUUGCAAAAGCCAUCAAGAACCCGGUUGAGUUGGAUGGCUUAAGAAAGGCACAUAUCCGAGAUGGUGCAGCUGUUGUGCAAUAUCUUGUCUGGCUGGAUAAACAGGUAUGGUUAUCGAGUUCACAUGCUCUAACUGUAUCUUUUCUGGUAACAAUAACAAUAUUGUCUUAACAUCUCAAAUCUGCU